AUGACCGUCACGCUCGUCGACGAGGAAUCCCCAUUGCUCCGUCCCCAGCACAAGCCAAAACGAACCCCUCUUCCCUGGUUCCAAUUUUGCAUUGUCCUCGUCCUCCAGCUUGCGGAGCCUCUCACCUCCCAAGUUAUCUUUCCUUUUGCCCCCCAACUCAUUCGAGACAUUGGAAUCACCCAUGGUGACGAGACCAAAGUCGGAUAUUAUGUGGGGGUCAUGCAAUCCCUUUUCUUUCUGACCCAAUCAAUGACCGUACUGCAAUGGAGUCGUAUCUCCGACCGUGUUGGACGCAAGCCUGUCAUCCUGACUGGGCUCUUUGGCCUCUGCAUUUCGAUGUACUGCUUCGGUCUCUCUAAGACCUUCUGGGGUCUUGUUUUGAGCCGCUCUCUCAACGGCGCACUUAACGGCAACAUUGGUGUUAUAAAAAGUAUGAUGGCAGAAAUGACUGAUGCGACAAACAUAUCCCAAGCAUACGCUUACCUUCCGAUUUCUUGGUGCACGGGUGCUACACUGGGACCCAUCAUUGGCGGAGCCCUCGCUCGCCCGGCAGAGCAAUUCCCCAGCCUCUUCGGCAACUCUGAUUUUUUAAAAGAGUAUCCGUACUUUCUCCCUUGCGCCGUUCCCGCAUGCUUCUCUGCAGUCGCAUGGCUUAUCACAUACAAGUAUCUCAAAGAAACUGUCGAACACCCGCAGCCCGUCUCCAGUCUAUUCUUCAAGUCAUCAAAUAAUCGGGAUGCCAACAAGACAACGCCUGAGCUUAGCGACGAUGAGAAACCUCUUCCUAUGCGUUCCCUCCUCAUUCCACGAGUUCUCGUCGCCGGUGCCAAUUACGCGUGUCUCUCUUUGGUCGAGAUCGCAUUUAAAGCUAUUCAACCUGUCUUUAUGUCGAUGCCAGUGGAACUCGGAGGCCUCGGACUGUCUCCUGCAAUCAUUGGGAAUGUCCUCUCCGUGUACGGCAUUUUUAACGGUCUAUUCCAGAUCUUUUUUUUCGCCCGAAUCAACGACACCCUGGGCUCCAAGACUACUUUUCUCAUCGGGAUGGCGUCUUCGAUUCCUGUUUUUGUGUCAUUCCCUGUCAUCAGCACCUUGGUGAAAGCAUAUGGGUUAUGUACGCUGGUAUGGGUCGUUCUUGCCGUUCAGAUAGUAUCAUCGAUCGUCAUUAGCUUGUCGUAUGGCGCUGUCUUCAUUUAUAUUGCUGCCGCCUCGCCGAAUCGAGCGUCAUUAGGUGCAACAAAUGGGCUUUGUCAAAUGGCAGUCAGCAUCUGCAGGGCCAUCGGGCCCGCAGCUGCUAAUUCACUCUUUUCCCUUUCUUUGAAGCAGAGCUUUUUAGGAGGUUACAUGGUUUAUUACGUCCUGCUUGCGACGGUAUGUGCGUCACUGGUGGUUGCUUCAUUCUUGCCACACCGGUUGUAG